AUGGCCAGCCAACUUAGGGACCAGGCAUUAGAGGCGGACCACAAUGAUGUCGUGGCCUCCAUGAAUUCCAUCAUCCUCUCGGGUUCUUUGUUGGCCCUGGUUGGCAUUGGCUACAGGAUCAACACGUCUGUGAUCCCAGUGCUGAGCUAUGCACCUGAUGCUGCAAGGAGUUGGGCACUGGGUACAGGCGGCGCCGCGGCAGCCCGUCAGCUUCGCCAAGCGCCACACCGCGGCCGCGUCGCCUUCGUCGCCUUCGGCGCCGAAGCCGGUGGGCGGUGGAUUGAGCGGCCUUUGCUGCGCGAUGCUUUGUGGCAAGAUGAACGGCAAGAAGCGGAUCAGGACUUCCGUGUGGUGAACCUGCAAAGCAGCACCUGGUCCAAGUUCCCUGAGGCUUUUCAGGAGCGGCUGAAGGAGGUGGGCAUGACAAAGCAAUGGCCCUUCCAGCGUGAAAGUCCGCGGAGUUUGGGCCCCCCCCUGAGUCUUUUCGCCCACGAAUUGCAGGAAGAGCUUCAGAGUUUUGUGGACGAGCUAGACGGCAUUGAGCUGAUCUUGGAUGUACCCAGCUUCCCAGAGCUCAUGCAGGACCCAUGUCAUGCCCUGGUCCUGGCCGACGGCCCGGCGGCUUCGACCCUCCGCGGCGCCCUAGACUUCGACCGGGGCGACGGCGUCGCCGCGCCGCUGGCGCUGGGCCUUCCACUGCGCGCGGAUCAGUCGACCGCGGCGGCGACGGCGCUGAGCUGCGCGCAACGAAGGUUUCAAGUGAACUUGGCAGGGACUUCCGGUCUCUUGAGCAUGGUGCUGUCGGACAGCGAACUUCAAGAGCUUGAAACCAAAGGCUCGGAGCCGCUGUGGCAAGAGAUGAAGGAAGGUCUUCGCCUAUUUGGGCUCGAAGAGCCGGACGCUGAGGGCCUGCUGCUGCAGCCAGAUCUGGCUACAUCAAGAUACUUCUUGGAACUGAAAGAGCACACCGUACCUGUGGGCUCCACGGCUCUGACACAUCCCUGGGCCUUCCUGGUGGGUGAAUCUGCUGGUUUGGUGAACCCAUGGCCCGGGCGGGCUCUGAAUGCCUCCAUCAAGUCAUCCAUGGUCUUGGCUCAGCAUCUCAAGGCAAUGGCUCAAGCCAUCCGUGCUGGAUAUCCAGUGGAUGAGAACUUCAGCAAGGAGUAUGGCGAGCAGCUGUCUCGCAUCCAUAGCAUUGAAGAUGCAAUCCAUUGCAGGCAGUGUCAAGCAGCUCAGACGAAGGCAAAGAACUUCAACUUGAGCACCUGCAUGGAGGAAGUUGAAGCUGGUAGUAGGGCAGAGGAGGCUGCGAAGUUUAAGCGGAGCCUGCGAAAGACCUUGCAGCGCUUGGAGAAUGUGCUACCGGAUGAGAUGAAGGUUGAUGAGGAGGCCAUUUGGAAACAGGUGAAGGAUGCCAAUCUCAGUGCCAGGACCUUAGCCCUUUUCAAUGCUUCAGGGAGCUGGUACAUGGAUGAGCCCACGGAUCGUUCUACCGGCGAAGUGGAGGAAGUGGAGGAAGCGGAUGAGCAGGAAACCUCCAAAGAAAUGAAGGCCCAAGGUCGCAGCAGCUACAACCGCGGCCUGCGGCUCUGGCGUUCCAAACGCUUCGCCGAGGCGGCCCAGCUGUUUCGCAGCGCCGCGCUGAACGGACACGCGAAGGGCGCCUAUGCACUAGGGGUGAUGCUGCUGAACGGCGAAGGCAUCAAAAAAGACGAGUUGUCUGCUGCGCAGUUUCUGCUUCAAGCAGCACAGGCGGGUGAGACAAAGGCCAUGUACAACUUGGGACUGAUGUACCAGCAUGGCAUUGGCGUACGUCGGGAUGCCGAGAAAGCGUCCAGCUGGACCCUGAUGGCUGCGGAUGAGGGGCACCGAAAGGCUUUGCGCAGCAAACAUGUGAAGAUUUUCGGGUCUGGGCCAUGGUUAGAUUAUGACCCCCAAGAAAUGGGAGUCGAACGAAUCACCAAAGAGGCAGAAGCUGGGAAUUUCCAUGCGCAGUUCAAACUGGGCACCAUGCACUACGAAGGAGAUCAAGUGAAGUUGGAUAAGGCAUUGGCUGCAUAUUGGUUCAUGCAAGCUGCUCAAGCAGGUUUGGAUGAAGCACAAUAUCAGAUCAGCAGGAUGCUCUUCCAGGGCGAUGGCGUGGAAGCCGACGCCGCCUAUGCCCUGCGAUUCCUGCAGGCCGCGGCCGAGAAGGGUCAUCCGGAAUCGAUGCAUAACCUGGGUGUGAAGCUCUACUUUGGAGAGGGCAUGGACAGUGACAGGCGCGCAGCUGCAAGCUGGUUCCUCAAGGCCGCUGAACAGGACUUACCGGCAGCGCAGAACAACAUUGGCUGGAUGCUCUACUGUGGAGAAGGCGUACCAAUGAACACCCAGGCUGGCGUGUCCUGGCUUGAGAAGGCAGCCGACAGAGGCAAUGAGGAGGCUCAAUAUCACCUAUUGGCCAUCAGGGGCUCAAUGAUUUCAGGCUCCUGA